ACACACCAGUCAGGACAGAUGGCGGAUUCAAAGCGAACAUCUGAACCCAUCAACUUUGUACAUCAAGAUGAAAUCUGGAAAGCACAUGUAAAAGCUGAGAAACAUUUGGCCACAGUCUGGCCCAACAAGUGGGGCUUCCUGACCGAGGUCUACAAGGAGUAUGAGAGGGACAGUGCAGAGCUGAAGAGAGCAGUCAGGGUGGAGCUUCCACAUCACCUGGCUGCACCACCUGCAACUCCUACAGAAAAACAUAUUCAUGUUGGCCCCUCCCCUCCGGUUCCUCAGACAACUCAGGCCCUGAUUGGUUGGCGUUCAGGCCACUCACAUCUUCAGCUGGAAAUGUUUGGCACGGUGCAUUAUGGGAAGCAUAGUUUUCUAAGGGAGCUGGGCUGGCCUUUUGGCAGCUGCAACUGAGUGGAACUCCCUGUUGUCUCAGCUAA